AUGGAAGCUGCUGGGGGGUCCCAACUGGAGCUGAGCCCCAGGGACAGACCGCAGAGGAUGAGCUGUGGGUACAUUCUGUGCACCAUCCUGCUCUCGGUGGCCGUCCUCCUGGCGGUGACGGUCACGGGGGCCAUCCUCUUCAUGAAUCACUACCACACGCCCGUCACCGAGCCCCCCCUGGAAGGGCUGCAGACCUCCCUGCUGCGCGCCGUCACCGACCACGACGCCGAGGCCAAGGCCACCAAGAGCCAGCAGAAGGCCCUGCUGGUCACGGUGGCGGACGAGGUGGCCAAGCUGCUGACGCACGCCGUGCAGCUGCGCGCCGACUGCGAUGGCCUCAAGAAGGGGCAUAACACUAUGGGGCAGGAGCUCAGCGCCCUGCAGAGCGAGCAGGGCAGGCUCAUCCAGCUGCUCUCGGAGAGCCAGACCAACAUGGCUCGGCUGGUGAGCUCCGUCAGCGACGUCCUGGACACGCUGCAGAAGGAGCGCGGCAGCGCCCGGCCCCGGCUCAAGGCCGACCUGCAGCGAGCGCCGGCCAGGGGACCACGGCCCCGGGGCUGCUCCAACGGCUCCCGGCCCCGAGACUGCUUUGACAUCUAUGCGAGCGGACAGCAAGAGGAUGGGAUUUACUCCAUCUUUCCCACGCACUACCCCUCUGGCUUCCAGGUCUACUGCGACAUGACAACCGAUGGGGGCGGCUGGACGGUGAGCUGCUGCCGUGCCGGGGAGCGCCGGGCGACGCCACCGCCAGCUGUGGGCUGUCCCCGCACGGGGAUGUCGGGGGUGGGAGACGUUACUCUCGGGCUGAAGCAGAUCCACGUGCUGACGGUGCAGGGCAGCUACGAGCUCCGCAUUGACCUGGAGGACUUUGACAACAGCACCGCCUUCGCCCACUACGGCAGCUUCGGCGUGGGGCUCUUCUCUGUCGACCCUGAGGAGGACGGGUACCCUGUCUCCAUCGCUGGCUACUCAGGGACGGCAGGGGAGAAGCGCAGCGGCACGCUGGGGAACCUGGCCGAGGAGCUCAACAGCUACAACAGGAAAAAAGGGGGCUUCACCUUCCGCUUCGGGAGAUAA